AUGGAACCACUCCCAGUUGACAAUACUGUGAAGAGCACCAGCUCUUUUGGAAAAGAUUAUAAAAACUAUGCAAGGAAUACACUCUCUAAGAGAACUUCUACAGAAGAAGCCGUUCAAAAAUUCAACCAGUUCUGUACAUUAGUCGUAGAAGAGGAAGUAAAUCUUUCAAACUAUGACACAGAUCUUACAGGAGUUGUGGAAAAUUUUGCUGCUAAUCAAACUUACACUACUAAGCAACAUGUUUGGCUGAUAAAAGCUACACUACAUCUCAUUAAGGUAAUGUAUAAGAAAGAAGAGAAGUUGCCUUCUGAAGAUAUUCUCCCUCUUCUGAACAAGUGGCAAGCUAACUUUUGGAAUCCCUCCCUCAAGAAGCAUGAAAGAAGAGGAAUCUUCCUUGAUCUCCAAUCUGCUGUCAAGCCUCUCUUUUACAUCAAACUUAACGACUCAGACAUUUUCUUUGAUAGAAAGGAGAAUGAGGAUAGAGACAAGCUCUUCUCAGAAAAUAUAGAGAAACUAGUUGACCAUAACUUUGACUCUCUCGAAGAUUUACAGAAAUGGUCUAUUAAUCAUACCAUUAAAAAUCUCUCAAAUAGUAUAGAGGAAGAGGACAGUCAUGGACAAAAGAUCUCUCUGGCUCUUAAGAGAUCAGCUCUUUCUCUGCAUGACAUUGUCGAAGCUAAGCAUACAAAAGUUGCUCAUAGUGAAAACACUAUGAUAUCUUGCCUCAAGAGUAUAUUUGAAAGUAAUGCUCCCUCAACUACCGGAUAUUCCACCAGAGAUAGAAACGAUAUUAACAAAUUGCUGCAGAUCUUCUCAAGAAGCUACGACUCCCUUGAAAGUAUCAAGGCUGUCUAUAGUUUUAUUGCCAAAGUUGAAGACAUCAUCCCAUCAACUUUACUAAACCCAAGUAUUAAGAGAAACUUCAUUGGGUUCACUUUCACUGUUCUUGAAAAUCUUGUGAAAGAGAAGCCAGAUGAUUUCUACGAAGAGUUCUUCCAGUUCUUUAAACUCUCCUUAAGUGAUCUCAAAGCUGAGGCUGAAGAAUCAACCAAUGAUUUUGAUAGCUUAUUCCUUGAGAAUUUCCAAAGAUGCUAUCUAUCUCUACCCCAAAUUAUUCUGAUAUAUUCCCAAGACGAUGAGAAGUUUGACCAAAUAGUGUCUGCCUUUUGCGAAGAAUUCAAGAACUCUAAGCUUUCUAUGUAUCAAUUGAAUAUCCUCUUCACUACUCUUGGAUUAGUCGCUAGGAGUAAAAAUGCUGGUGAUGAAGAUUCAGAAUAUUUCUCAAUAGAAUUGUCAUCCAAGAAGGCUAACCUCUCUGUGUGUGCACUAGGAAGCCUUGCAGAUCAGGCCAAUUCAAUCAUUAUGUCUCUGAAAAGAUCAAUUGAUACAAAUACCAUCUCCUUUGAAAUAAAAGGUAAACACUCCAAAAAGUUCAAGGUUGAUGAUUCAAUCAACAAAAGUCUGAUUAGAGCCCUUCUUAGUGAUAGACCAGGAGUUAACAGAGAUGGAAUCCACAAAUGGGUUGUCCUCGGCGAAGGAAAGGUACCAGAAGGUGUACUCUACACUCAAAUUGCUUAUUAUGUUUUACUUCAUGGCAAAACUUCUGCUGAGAAAUUAGAUAGAAAACAUUUAAUCACUGAUACAUUACUGAAUUUUUCUCUUACCAAUCAUGCUACUUUGUCAAGAUUUGCUAUUCACACAAUAGCUUCUCUAUCUCAUCAUUCAGAAGACUUCUUCCAAAAUGUUGUCUUUCAAAGAUUGAACAUGAAAAUGAUUCAAUAUAACCAAUCUCUUGAAGCCGCUGAACUUGAGAAAUCAAGCGAUUUGGUUCAGCAUCCUCACAAAGCUAGGAGUGCCAGAAGGCUGAUCAGCUCAAUUCUGAAUACCCACAGCUUAAAUCUGUUCAACAACUCUAUUGAAUGUAAACAAGAGAAGAUCCUUGAACCUAAUGGACUUAGUGACUACUUGAUAUCUGUCAGUAGCCCUGCAUUGUAUAAUUUCAACACGAAGGGCAACUUCCAACACCAGGCUGUUUCCCAUUAUAUCCAGAGUGUUACCGACCAUUACUCUGAGAGAGGAGUUGACUUCAAAGAUAUACUUGAGAAGAUUAGCAAAGAUCUUGUUACCAAACUUGCAUCCAAAGAAUUCAUAUUCAGCACAAACAUUCAUAGAAGGAUGAUCGCCAUCAAUGUCUGUGGAGGCCUAGGUGGAAUCAGCCCUGAGUUCUAUGAGAUCGUGAGCCAAACUUUCAAGCUGAAACCAAUCAUAGAUCAGGUUAAGAAAUGCCUGAAAUGUAAGGAGCACUUCAAGGAGCGGUAUCCUAGAAUCCCAUUCUAUGACAUGAACCAUAUCUCAGACUCUGCUUCUGCCCUAAUUAAAGUCUUUGAAGAUAAGCUUAAAGCGAUUGAGGAAAUCAAAGAAGAUGAUGAAGAAGAAUUUGAAGAAGUCAAAGUAUCAACUCAAGUCAAAACUAAGCCAAAGAAAGAAAAGGACAUGAACAAGUUAUUACUUGGAGGAAUUGGACUUGGAAAGGGUAAAAAGAAGGGAAAGAAAGGAGGUAAGAAGAAAGAUGCUGAUAAGAAAUCCACUAAGAAAAUUGAAACUAAGACAACUAAAAAAUCUAAGGAAGUUGCUGCAGAGCCACCAAAGCCCCCAGUAGAAGAGAAUAAGGAGGAAAGAACAAUUAGAGACCUCAAUACUGUUAAUCAUUUCCUUGAAUAUACCUUCAACAAUGCAUGCACAUUUGUUGACUCUAUCUUGAGUAUUUAUGAACUUGCUUCAAAAGGAUCAAAUAAUGAGCUCCUUGAUAAUAUUCUGUACCAAAACAUGCAUACACUUAUUGAGUUACUCAGAUAUCCAUCAUGCAACUUCAUUCUGAAGAGAAAGCUCCCUAAACUUCUUGAAAAUAGCACUGGAAAUAGUAUCAUUCACAAAAUGAAGGACAGCAUUAUUGAAUGUUUACUUCUCUCAUCAAAAUUGCUUGAUCAUCUCCCUAUCGAGAAAUCUGAAGUUGACAAGCCGUUCAAGGUCUUCUUCAACAUUAUGUGCCAAGAUAACAUCAACUUCUCUAAUCUUGGGAGAGGAAUGAUUAGACUAAUUCUCACAAAUAUUAAUUUUGCAAUUAAGCAUCAUGUGAUCUCCCAAAGCCUUAAGGAAAGUGCAUUAGAUAUAGGCCUGAAAAUCUUGGAGUCUUCUGAAGUAUAUGAUCCAAUCGACAUGUUGAGAGUUGGCCAGAGUCUCCUUAAACAAGAUUAUGUAUCAGAACUAAGCUUUAAGUUCCUUACUUCCUUAUUCAGCAAAAUUACUGACGUUGAAAGAAUCGUAAUGUGCUCAAGGAUCUUUGAUUAUCACAGUCUGCAGCUACCAAAUUUCUUAGAUGUUAUCUAUAACUAUGACAAGCCAUUGCCAAGAUCUGAGAACUUUGAAGUGCAGUGUUGGAUAAAGCAAUACGAUGAAGAACCUAUAAACAAGAAAGCACAGAAGGUAUGGAAUAAGUACUACUCAAAUGUUGAUGUAGUUGAGACAGGAAGAGAUAAGAAGAUCAGAAUUAAAAAUUUCUCCCAAUAUGCGCUUGACUCUUUCGGAUCUGUAUCUAAAAUGACCACUGAUGCUUUUGUUGCAGCUAUCAAUAUUGAUGGAGGUCUCUUGUUAGAGUAUAUCAAGAGUAUUGAUAAAAUCAUUGAUUCUUAUCCAGACCAGACUCAGAAAGAUGAGCAGCUGAAGUUCUUUGCAUCAGUCAUCAAUUCUGUAUCAAACCUUAUUGAUGAGUCACAGUUGGAGAAAUUAUUUGAGUUCAUUGUGUAUGAAGGAUACCUGAACAAAGACCAAGAUAUCUCAAUUGCUUUUGAAAGAUGUGGAAUCAGUGUUUGUAUUGAGCAAGGAAAGAAACACUCUAAAGAAAUUUUGAAAAUUUUGAAGAAUUACUUACUCAAUCCAUUAAAUAAAAGAACUGAUUUGGAUUCCAAAAAGGAACAACUUGUGCUAAACGAAUCUUUAGUGCUGAUAUCAAGCUUAGCCAAACACUUUGAUAAAUCUGAUGAUUCUACUCUUGAUAUCUACGAAAGAAUUAUUGAGAUGCUUAACAUUCCAAACCAAGAGCUUAAGAAGUCUAUCAGUAAAUGUAUCUCUCCUCUUUCAAGACUUUUGGAGAGCAAAUCUAAGAAAUUCCUGAAGCAAUUAUUGACCAUGCUCCAGAAAACAAAGGAUCUUAGUACUUUGAGUGGAGCAGCAUAUGCAAUCUCAGGAAUAGUCAAAGGGCUUGGACUGAGAACAAUUGAUCAGUAUGAAAUCUUAGACACUCUUGAAAAAUUAGCUGAGGCUAAACAGGCAACAUCAUAUGUCAAAGUUGCCUUGCUCAACUGAUAUGAAGCUUUCUCCUUCACCCUGGGUAAGACUUUCGAACUCUAUCUUGAAAGAAUAGUUCCAAAGGUUUUGGAUUCUUUCUCUGAUUCAAAGAACAUUGUCAGAAAUGCAGGUAAAAACGCACUUGACAUUAUCAUGUUGAAUAUUUCAGGAUUCUGAGUAAAGAAGAUCAUAUCCACAAUUUUCUUGAAAGGUAUAGAAGAAGCAAACUGGAGAACUAAGUUAGGACAAAUUGAAGCUUUGUGCAGUAUGGCCAUGUUCGCUCCAAAUCAAGUUGCUGUUCAUCUCCCAAAGGUUAUCAGUAGUAUAAGAGCAAUCUUGCUAGAUACUCAUCCAAAAGUACAGGAAGCAGGACAGGAUGCAUUAAACAAAAUCACCAGUGCUAUGAGGAAUCAGGGAAGAUUAAACGCUCUUGCUAUCCUUGAGGUACAUUCUGAACAGCUAGCAAAAUCUAGUGCUACAGAGAACCUGACUAAAGCAUUGGAUCACUUACUUGAAACUACAUUUGUCCACUCACUUGAUGAGCCAUCCCUCGCUCUUCUCAUGCCUUUGAUUAAAGAUGGUCUUGAAGCUGUGAAUAGAAAGGUACAAAUUAAAGCAUUGAGAAUUAUUGGGCAUAUUUGCUCUAUUACAAAUGAGCCUUCAAUCAUCGCUCCUUAUCUAAGUGAAAUUGCUCCAAUCAUGGUUAACCUCCUGUUGACUGUUCACCCAAAGUUGAGAUCAGCAUCUUGUAAAGCCCUAGCAGGAAUUGUCAAAGGAAUCGGUCUCAAGAAAUGCGUCGGAACUCUUAAAUGGAUCUGUAAAAUACUCCGAGAAGCUUCUGUGGCUGAAUCCAAAAAUAUCACUGAAGCUUAUGAAGAAAUUAUGCCAGCAAGCAUGGACCCAGAAGAUAUCUGGAAAGAAGAGCUUAGCCAUAUUGAGUCUCUCUGUAUUUCAGAUGACUCCUCAAACAGAGUUGCUGGAAUCACUCUUCUUGUAGAUUAUCAUAGAUUCAUGUCAUGUUUCAAGAAUCAUGGUGGAUGUCAGAUCAAUUUCACAGAAUAUGUUAAUAAAGUACUUCCAAUGUUCGAAAAUGCUCUUCUAGAUACUAAUGAAGAUGUUAGAUCUGCUGCUGUUAAAGGAAUGAAGCUUGGUAUUGAGACAUUUGGAGAAGAUUAUCCAGACCUAUUGUUUAAGCAACUCCUUAGAGGAUACAGCCAUGGAAACUAUUGGAUCAGAUAUCACACUAUUGUUCUUCUCUCAACUUUGCUGCAUGUACUUGGAGGCGAUAUCCAUAAGAUCAAACCUGAUGAAGAGAAAAAGCAGGAAGGAGUAAUCACUUGUUACGAAAACGUAAUCAGCGCUAUUUAUAUUCUCUCAUUUGAUUCAGUUGAAAGAGUCUCUUUCACUGCAUCCUCUGCAUGGCAACUCUUUGUUGAAAAAAGGCUAGGUAGACACCUUGUCGCUCCUUUCAACGAUUCCAAGGAGUCAUUGAGAACUCUCAUUUUUAACAUGAUCAAGGUGAUCUCUUGUGAGUAUCAAGAAGUUGCUCAUAGUGGAAAGAGAGCUCUCAACAGUCUCAUGGGAAAAAUCUUUGUAAAACUCUUGGAUGAAUCCUUCGACAUUAUAAACGCAGCAUUUGAAGGUAUCACAGAUGGAGAAGCUAUACAUAGAUUCGAUUAUUUCCAAAGCCUUGUCGAAGCAUGUGACGAAGGAAUUAAUAAAUACAGAUCUAAUGUUGAAGCACUGAUUGGGAAAAUGAUCAUCCAUGACAACAUCCAUGUCAAGAAUAUGUCCAGUGAGGUUUUCAAAGCUUUCAGAAAGACACUAAACAAUGAAGAUUUUGUUAGAGAUUUCUUGAAGGAUAACUUCUGUUCCACUGAAGAAAAUGAUCCUGAACUUUUAAACAAGAAAACUACUUUCUUAGAAGCUUUAAUAGCUGACCCUUAUCUCCAAGUGAGCCCAAUUCUGACCUCUAUUUGUUUGAAUCCAAAGGAAAAUGAAGAAUCCUUGUAUCUGAGCAGGGCUAAACUCCUUAGACUGCUUGGUGAUAAAUUCCUUCCUGAUCCAGCAAAGAUGCUUUCCUUAAUCCUAAAACUUAUCUUAGAAGGCAAAGCUCUUCUUGAGAUUGAAGAGACAUCCAAAUAUCUUGCCAACGAUACAUAUGUUGACUUAGGAACAUCUCCAGAAGUUAUUGAAGAGCUUACUCUAACUAUCAAGAAUCUCAUCCCAAAGAUUCCUGCAGAGAAGAUCUAUGAGUGGCAAGAAUAUACUGAAGAGCUCUAUAAAGAGUGUGUUUCGAAGGAUAAAGUGGGAGUAUACAUUGUGUUCAUGUCUGGAUUCAUUCACCACCCAAGAUUCCAAUCGGAUCUCUACGUUGAAAUGCACAUGAAAAAUAUCUGCAGAAACAUUGACACUGCAAAUCAAGACUUAUUGUCAAAGUUGGUUGACUGACUUGAAUCUGGAGCUCAGCCAGUCACUAAGGACUCUUCGCCUCAAGCUGUGACCCUUCAUUGAGAAUGGCAUAACUCAUUUGCUAAAUGUGCUAGAAUAGAAAUUGAAGAAAAGAUGGGUAUUGAUGAAGAUGAUGAGACAUUCGAUCUCGAAACCCUUCCUAUCUUUGAAAAUCAGAAAGGAUGCCAAAUUCUUAUCCAGCUUUCUCUUUAUACCUUGCUUCAUGGAAGGAUUGAAAACAGACUCGAUGCAGCUUUCUUGUUAGGAGUCAUAGCAAAAUCUUCUCCGAUCGAGAAUUACAAGAAAAGCAUCAUCAAAAUAGCUGGAGGAUUGAUUAGAAUUGUCAAUGAUAAAUUUGAUGAUGACUUGAAAUCAACCAUCUUUAGGGCCCUCAGAAGAAUGUUUGAAAAGGGAAGCAAGCUACUCAGACCAAUGGCUGCUCCUCUCAAGACUACUUUCAAUCAAUACGCUAAACAUGAGGUUACUCUAAGCGAAGAUGUGAAAGAGGAAAGAGACAAGCUCAAAGAAGUUGUCGAUGUUACCCUUCUUAAAAAGAAAUCCAAAGGAGGUAAAUAACUUACUUUACUAUUCUACAUUGUAA